GUCCUUCACCUGGUGCCCCUGCUGAGGCCCCAUGUCCCUGCUCAGUGCCAGGGUCUGACCCCUUGGAAACUCUGAGCACAUCCAGCAGUGACAGUGGGCUAGAAAACGUGGUGAUGCCUAGCCUCCUGCUCCCAGAAAACCCCAGGACAUUUACUGGUCUCUGACAAUUUUGUUGGAGGCAGAACUUUGGGAACUGUGGAGUGUUGGGCUGGCAGUCAUGACUUCUCAUCUGCUGUGAGCUCCUAAGCUUUGAAUUUCUUCACAUCUUCUGCCGCUGAGACUCUGAAAUACUGGAGGACACUGCAUCUUCCUCAGGGACACGGGCAAGGGAGAGCUGGAGCCUCUGGGGGGCUCAGAAAGGAAUUGUGGUUGGUGGUCGCCUGAGGAACUUACCUUCACCCCAAUGUUGCUCUGAAACGAGUCGCGUCCAGCAGUCAGGUUUGGUAAGAUGCCUCAGGAACAGUACCCGCACCGGAGCACCAUGCAGACCUCGGAAGGACCCCAGGUAUACAAAGUGGGGAUUUAUGGCUGGAGGAAGAGGUGCCUCUAUUUCUUUGUGCUGCUCCUAAUGAUUUUAAUCCUGGUGAACCUUGCUAUGACCAUCUGGAUUCUGAAGGUUAUGAACUUCACAAUUGAUGGAAUGGGGAACCUGAGGAUCACGGAGAAGGGUCUGAAGCUUGAAGGAGAUUCAGAAUUCUUGAAACCUCUCUACGCCAAAGAAAUCCGAUCAAGACCAGGCAACCCACUGUACUUCCAGUCAGCCAGAAACGUCACCGUGAACAUCCUCAACGAGAAGACAAAAGUCCUCACACGCCUUGUAACAGGUCCCCAAGCAGUGGAAGCACACAGCCAAAAAUUUGAGGUGAAAACCCUCUCUGGGAAAUUGCUGUUUUCUGCAGAUGACAAUGAAGUGGUGGUUGGAGCAGAGAGAUUGAGAGUUCUAGGAGCAGAAGGCACAGUGUUCCCUAAAUCUAUAGAAACUCCCAAUGUCAGGGCAGACCCCUUCAAGGAACUAAGGCUGGAGUCGCCCACGCGCGCGCUGGUGAUGGAGGCGCCCAAGGGCAUCGAGAUCAACGCCGAGGCCGGCAGCCUGAAGGCCACGUGCAGGACAGAGCUCAGGCUGGAAUCCAAAGAUGGAGAGAUAACGUUGAAUUCUGCAAAAAUCAAACUACCUAACUUGCCUCAAGGAUCUUCCUCUUCUGCAGGGUCCAGGCAAAAAAUCUACGAGCUCUGUGUGUGUCCCAAUGGGAGGUUGUUCCUGUCUCAGGCAGGCAGCAGCUCCACCUGCCAGAUCAACACGAGCGUCUGCCUUUGAGAGACAACUUGCAGUGGGGCAUGGCAGGCAGCACAAAAGCCAGUUCUGGUCUCACAGAUCCAGCUGCCAACUAUUUUUACUAGAACACAGAAAGCCUAUCAAAGACUUCUUUUGUGUGUGCGCGGGCGUGUGUGUGAAUAUAUAUAUAUAAAAAAUAUAUAUAUAAGAUAUAUAUAUAUAUAUCCUCUGUGUAAAACGAUGUUUCAGUACAAGGAAUCCCAGGGUGACCCUGUUACAUUUGUGUAGCAUUUUCUCUUCCCCACGCCAGAAUUUACUGGUACAAUCUGCUGAAUUGGAUCUGAUGCUCCCCUGGACCCCUCUGUAUCGAUACGGUGCAGUGAUCACCCCUCGUUUUUGAUCAUGUUCUCAGAGCAAUGGGAUUGCUGGCUGGGCAAGGCCCUGGAACCAGUGCAGACCCAGCACCAUCCAAAGGGAAGAGAAGCAUCUCUGAUCAUUUUUGUGCCAUUAAAUCAGUGGCAUGAGAACAAAAUAAUUUUUAAAAAACCAACAAAAUAGCCAGAUGUGCCGUGCUGAUCAUCUCCAGUGAUCCAAGAUUCCUGAGGUUAAAUUUCUCUUUAGUUAUCACCUGAAGCACGGCUCCCUGUUGGGGGAGAUGGAUGCAGUUGGACAGCAGGAAAAUCCAGACCCUAUUGCUGAAGUUAUAAAUGUGAGUUUCUGAAGGGGUUCCAGCCUUGCCUGUGCAUGGCCAAGGAUGCCUUGUGCUAUUCAGGUGUGACACGUCAGGUCCAACAUUAACCUGAAAUCAUCUCUGUGCUGGCAAAACUGGUGUUGUAUGCAGUCACUGGAAGGAGCAAAACUGUGGAAGUUGGACUAAGUAGAAAGAUCCUGAAGCUCUUUUGUUAACAGGUGUCCUCGAUCAUCCUGCAAACUCCCCAUUUACACCUUCAAUUUUGAAUAUUAUUUGGUGUGAAGGUGUGAAGAUUUAAGAUUUGGACAUUGCCUAAAUACCUGUAGAAACAGAGAAAAUCAAUGAGAAACUGAGAAAAUCAUAAGAUUAAGUGUAUAAUGUAGAUUCUACACCCAAAUUUUUGUCAUCUUUCUUUUCAAGAUAAACAGUCCAAGGUCACUUAGAUUUGGUGGAAACUGCAAAUAUCAGAGAUGCUGACAAUGAAAUACUUUUUUUAAAGGAUUUAUAAAGAUUGUGACAAAGCCAGAUUACUGAAAGGAAGGGCUUUGGAUGCUGGUUCCUCUAGAAUUUGAGUCCCCAAAACUCUGUGGUUGAAGUUUAUCGUAGUUGCAAUUUUUCCUUAUUUUAAAGUCUCGGAGUCACAGGCAGGAUAAAACACAAAAAUCAGAUCUGGUAACAUUACUUUCACUUUUGAAGUUUUGGGAAAUAAUGAUAAGAGCUCAGAUCAUUGAAUUCUGACCCACAAUUUCAUCUACAUGCAUGUAAAAAUCCUUAAAAAAAAAAAAAACAAAACAAAAAAAACCAAAACCAAAACAAAAAAAAACAACCAAAUAUACCAAUUACAGCAAAAGUUUCCAAAUCCCAGUAAAUCUCACAAGGACAGCAAGGUUUCUACACCACUGAGAUGCUUAUGAAAUAUUACCUCAUGUGCAAAUAAGACAGAUCUGUGCCCAUCCCCAGUGAUAUCUAACCAAAGCUGGUAUUCUUCGAGUGAUCUUCAAGAUAAAACAUAGCUGACAGAAAUAUUUAGAAAUAAUUGAACCCAUUCCUUUUUUUUUUUUUUUUUUUUUACAGUUUUUCACGUAUUUUUUUGUGGUCUUGAGAGUACCAGGGUUUGAUUUUUUUUUUUUUUUUUUUUUUUUAAUUAACAAUUCUGGCUUAAUCCAAAACUGAUUGGACUCAAAGAGAAGUUUUCUAUGGAGUUCAGAUUAGAAGUGUUGCUGCCUAACAAAGCAGCACUCCCAAAAAAAAAAAAUCAUUCCUGAAAGAGGAUUGAAUGAUUUGCUUUUAUUUCAAUAAUGAUUUCCGAUGAAUUAACGAAUUCGUUAAUGAAUGAUUCCUGUAAUUAUUAUGUCUUGAGUCAACGUUUGAAUGCAAAGGGUCACCCAGGGUAACAAUUGUAUUGGGACACAGGACUAUACCAUCUCUGUUCAAAGAGGGGAAUUGUGCCUAUGCCUUAAGUCAAUGCACUCAGCAAGGAGAAGCACAUCGUAUUUAUCUCGUUAUUAAAUCUAGUUUAUUUGGGGGGAGGGGCAGGAGGGUGUCUUGGGAACUGGUUGUGCAACUUAAUACAGAUAUUGAUGAAAUACAUUAAGACUGUAGGGGCACCUAGAAUGAUACAGACUUUUUUUUUUUUUUUUUUUACCAUGUUAAAUAUAGCAAAAUACUGUGUACGUUACCUCUGGGACCAUGACUGAAGUCCCGUUCAUAGUCCUGCAUUUACUGUAGAAUUUUUGUCCCAGUUUCACUGAAUACUGAUCACAAACCUCACAGCAAGCAUGGCCCAGUCCAUAGCCAAAUCCCGUGUGAGCAGUUUGAAGACACGUGCUGCAGGAAGAGUUCCCUGUAAAUGAAUAAAUAAAUUAACUUUGCAGCCCUGGGAGUAUUCAGGUGGGUGAGGAAGGCAGGGCUGAGCACAGGGAUGCUGCAUCCUGAUUUCUGUGCCCCGCUCCGGACGCACCAGUGGCUCAAUCCUCAUCGCUGUGCCACCCUGUCUCUGGCUGCUCCCAAUUUCCAUCCCAGCAAAUUAAUUUCGAGUGGCUGCUUUUCUCAGCUGGGCUCUUGGAUGAGGUUAUCACCUUCUCAUAUCACAACAGCCAUGAAACUGCCAAGGACAUUCUUAUCUUGGUGUGAAUUUCUGCUGAGCAGCUGUUAGGAAAUGACCUUAACAUCUGUGCCAUCACUGCAGAUGCUUCUCUGAGGUGAACAAAGGGUACCUUAAUUAUGUCUACUGAAAGAAAUUCUUGUUUUGAUAUAUUUUACAACCAUGCUUCCAUCUUAAAAAACAUAAAAUUAUGUGCUGUGUUGAAAUGCGAGGGACUGUUGUUAGAAAGAAUGAACCCCUGUAGGGACUUGUAGAUCAUUUGAACACCACUUGAAUUUUAAGACAGUGGUUUGAGUGAUUCUGCCUGUGCCGGCCAGCAAGUGGCAAACAUAAAUACAGGCUGGGCAGAGAAUGGGUCAGGAAUGUUCCUCGGGAGAAGGACUUGGGUUGUUGGUUGAGGAGAAGCUCAGCAUGACCUGAAGUGCACUCACAGCCCAGAAAGCCAAUUCUAGCCUGGGCUGCAUCAAAAGCAGUCGAGGGAGGGGAUUCUGAGCUCUUGUGUCACCCCACCUGCAGUGCUGGGUCCAGCUCUGGGGGUCCCAACAUCAGAAGGAUGGGGACACAUUGGGGUGAGCCCAGAGGAGACCACAAAGAUGCUCUGAGGGCUGGAGCCCCUCUGGGAGAGCUGGGGGUGUUCAUCUGGAGAAGAGAAGGCUCCAGGGACACCUCAGAGCCCUUUCCAGGGCCUAAAGGGGCUCCAUGAGAGCUGGAGAGGGACUUUUUACAAGGGCAGGGGGUAAUAGGAUGUGGAAGAAUGGCUUCAAAUUGACAGCAGGCAGGGUUAGGUUAAAUAUUAGGAAGAAACUCUUUGCUGGGAGGGUGGUGAGGCCCUGGCACAGGUUGCCCAGAGAAGCUGUGAAUGCCCCAUUCCUGGAACAGGGCUUGGAGUAGCCUGGUCUAGUGGAAGGUGACCCUGCCCAUGGCAGGGGGUUGGAACUGGAUGAUCUUUACGGUCCCUUCCAUCCCAAACCAUUCUGGAAUUCUGUGAAAGCAGAGCACACAGGAGUGCAUCUCAGAUCCCAGGGGAAAAAACAGGCAUUUUGUUUAAAAAGCUGCCUGCAAACACAUCCAGCCAUCUCACACUCCACAGUUUGUUGUGGAGUGGCUGACUCUCCUGUUGGACAAGGCAUGAGAGUCCCUUCUCCUUCUGCCUUGCCCAGAAAUCCCUCACAGCUGUACCUGUGUGGGCUGCUUUUCCCUGAAUCCAUUUAAACCAUUCCCUGACUGGAAUUCCAUCCAUAUGCUCCACCCAGCAUUGAUAAAAUGCCAAAACUAAACAGGGGUUUGUGUAUUUCAUUGAGAAUAGGGCCUGAGAUUCAGUUCAGUUGAGCAUUUGCUGUUUGGGAGAUGAGGUUGAUCUCACAAUGGGGUUUAGUUUGUUCCUGCUGAGAUGAGUGGAAGGGAUGGUGAUGACUUCAUGGCCUGAGCUGGGGGCAGUGGGAGCACUGCCAGCCCUUGGGGUGGCUGUGGGGCUGAACCAGACCCUGCACUGCAGCUGUGAGCACUGAACCCCCACCCAAAUCCUAAUCAAGGGUUAGACAAGACUGUGCCACCAGUGUACCCAGGGCAGCCAUGCAGCAUGCAUAAAUGCAUUUAUUGUGGUGGCUCUUCACAGGGCUGCAGGACCUUGUCCAGCUUGCGGUGAAUGUGACACUUUAGGAAAGGGUCAGGAGAAUGCCAGUGCUCACCUGUGGCUGGAACCUUAUCCAUACGUAGUGUGUGACCCUUCUGUCACAGCUGAGGUGGGAUGGUUCUUCUAAAGCAAAAGGACUUUGCCCUUAGCAAAAGCAGAGGUCCUGAUAGUGGCUGUACAUCUGUAUCCAUUCUCCAAGUUUCUUCCUGGGGUUUCUUUUGGCUGUUGGUUUGUUUGGGGUUUUUUUAUUCAUUUUGAAGUGUAUUACCCCACAACCAGUGAAGUGGGCAGCUGGAGAGUACAAAGAAAUGUUAACAGUAAAGGAAGUCAUCAAAAGGGGAAGCCAGUAACUACUGCAAUAUGGAUAAAGCCUCUCCUGAGUAUGCAUUUAUAGGAAACUGAGUAUGGGCAAGCGUGAUUUGUAUUUGGUUACCUCAGUCAUGUGCUGUCAAACAGCUGUUUUAGAAGGGUUGCAGUUUUGUUUCUCCUCUUACAAUAGAUAUCAUAUUGCACAAAAAAAGUUUGAAGGCAUAAGCCUAAAAAUACAAUCUGUAAUUUAUGGUAUAGCAAAGUGAUGGCUAAAUAAAAACCUCUCCUUAGAAAUUGCUCCAGGGUUAAAGGGAAAUUCCUGUGGAACUUGUGAAGGCUAGCUCACAUCACAACCUAGUGAAAAUUAAUUUUGUUGUCAUAAGGUGCUCACACAUGCACACAGAUACACUCAUAUACACUUGUUUACAACAAAAGCCAGUUUUCUUUAUAUUUGUUCUUAUGGCUUUAAGUUUCACAUUGCAUAAGAGAGACAAAGACCAAAGACUUAAAGAAAUUCAUCCCUCUCUGGUUGCCCUCAUGCCUGAAAUGCAUUAACUUUAAUGGUGCUUUUUCUGAACUGGGCAGGAAAAAUGCAGGUGUAUCAUAAAGCUGCAUUUGAGAGGAUAAAGUGGUAGGAAGGCUCUAACUUGGUUAAUGGGGAGAGGAGGAAAUAAUGUGAAAAAUCUUGAAAUGUGUGCAGAGGGCGAGGUUAGCUGAAAUUUGAGACAUGGAGAAAUAGCCCAGAAAGCUUAAAAGACAUCAUCCUGGGCUGGAAGUAUAAAUAAACUGAGGAGAUGGUGCCAGGUGCUCACUUGAGCAUUAGCAGGGCAGGAGCUCCCGUGGCUGCUCAGUGGAGAAGAGUAACUGCUGCAAUGAUUUCAUUUCAGAAGUACCUACAGUAAAAAAACAUUAAAAGCAAACAAACUAACUGACAAACAAACAAAAGUUAGAGGCUGUGCUCUUUUUUAUGGCUGACAUUUUAAAUUUUGAAAUGUCAUCAUCCGGAAUUCACCUCAGCAAGCACAAGGGCGUGUUCCUGCCAAGCUUCGCCAAGCACUGCUUUGGUGCUUUUUGAAUGUGAAAAUACCAGCCUUUUUAUUGCCCUGGCUGUUCAGGAGUGUGAUCCUGGCAACAGUUCCCUUUUCCCCAUUUUAACCUUUUUUUUGUUCCUCAGCUCUGAAACUGCUGUGUAAUGCUUUGGUAGCUGAUGUCCUGCAGCUCCCAAGUCUGCAUCGUGUCACGUCUCAGUUUCACAGACCCCCAAAACCUGCAUGGAGCAGUGGCUUGACCAUAAAAUUGGGGACUUUCAGGUAAAUUCUGCCUGGCAGUUGAUGCAUAUUCACAGCUGGUGUAGCCAAGUUUAUGGCUGUGAGUGGAGCAGGGUUAAACACUGACGUGGUGCUGAGGUUACUCAAGCAAGAGUGGAGUGAAUUAAACAAGGCAGGUGGGAGGGAAGGGGAAGAAAUGGGGAGAGACAUCACCCUAAUCAGAGUAAUGCAGUCAAUGCCUUUGUCCCUUUGCACUAUUAUGCUUUAAAUUAAUAACAUCCAUUUUACUAAAUAUGGUGGCAAUUAUACUUGAUCUUUUCAUGGAGCUCAGUGGAAUUACUGUCACUGAAACCACUUUCAGCUCGGGCUGUUCAAGAUUGCUGGGGUGUUGUUUCCAUCCACAAUAACCACAGUGGCUUGGGGCUUGGAUGGAAAUUAUAGUGAAUAGCUUGUAUUUAGAAAGCUUUUAAGUCUGCUGUGGUUGAGAGGCCCCUGGUUAUGCACAUCCAGCCCUGAGGCUUUAUCAUUUCAGCCUCUCUUGUCCUGCCACUUGAAUUGUAUUGUGCCCUUGUGAAAAGCGACACACGGCAUAAAGAACACAGGAAAAGAUGGAUAUUUAAAGCUGCAGGAUUUUUAUCUGAAACGAAGAAGGAAAUACAAUCAGAGUGCCCCACUGAGAUUUCCCAUCCAAAUCACUUUAAACUAGAGUCGCAAGUCCCUUAAAAAUUAAUUUGCUACAAGUGUCAUUCCUGCAGCAAAGUUAGCACUGGUGUCUCUCCCAGGAAAUCUCUCACCUUAUUGCAGCUGGAAGCCCUGUGGUGGCUGGGAUUUUGUGCCACCAGUCAGGAGUGAUGGGCUGCCUGUUCAGAGGAAGUCAGGUUUCCUUUGAGGCAGCCGAUCUCCAUGAAUUCAGCUUUUGUUAGCCUUUAACAGGGAUUAAAGAAUAGGAGGGCUAAGUCCAUUCUGAAAUGAUAUGUAGUUGUAUGUUUGCCUCAUCUAGUUGGUUGAAAUUUUCCACAAGGAAGAGAAAAUACCAGGAGAAAUUUCCGUGAAAAUGUUGCCUUUAGGCUGUGCCACCAUAUGCUUCAGGUAAAAACAUGCGGCUUUAGCUAAACAGUCUUUUCUUCUGAGAUUAAAAAGGACUCUUUGGAGCCUCUCAUCAGGUCCUACCCAAAUGGGAAGUUUUACCAUUUCUAACACUUUUGUUGUUAUAGGAACAGGCCCAUUGCAAAGCACAAGUCGUGCAUCUUUGCAUGUAACAGGAAUUUUCAAUUGCAUUGUACUCCUACAUUUUUUCCCCCAUUGAAAGUCUUAACCACUGAUAGGAGAUAGAGCCCUCCAAAACCUUUACUGCUAAAUGCAUUCUCUUUUUCUAAAGCAAUGUAUGUCCUUUGGUAUUUUAAAAAUUUCCUCAUAAUGGAGUCCUUGAAACAUCUUGAGGCAGGCUCGCGCUGGAGAGCAGGAGAGUAAUUAUUUGUGGGUGGUGCUAUUUUUGCUGAAGCUUGGAUUGUGGCUGAAAAACCUGCUGCUGUUAGAGCUUCUCCCACACUCCCAUAGCUGCAAACCCCAGCAGCCCCCCACGCCAGGGCUGGAACACUCCAGGGUGGCUGCCUUAGAGCAGGGAGGGAUGACUUUGUCUGCACCUGGCUCCUCCUCUGGCACUCAGUGUCAGUGCUGACACGGGUCAUGAGGAUAAUUUGGCAGCUUUGGUGAUUCUGCAGAUGGUACAGGGUGGUGUGUACCUGAAGCCUGAGUGGGAUAAAUGAUGCUGGUUGUUGUUGGGUGCUGUUCUCACAAGCCUCUGAGAACAGUGACUCUUGAGGGCAGGCACUGCUGGAGGAAUUCACUUUCCUGUCCUUUUUUGUGGGUUAUCAGAGCGAGCACUGAAGGGGAGAUUAACAAAUCCUGCAAAGCAAGAGUGUGCCAGAAACCUCAGAAAGGGCAGAUCUGAGCAACCACUGUCCACUGUGUUUGUCAGAGAAGGGCUAAGUGGACAGAAUUCACACCUGGAUUCCUCCCUAGGCCAGAGCUGUUCCUGACCUUGGUCUGGAUCUGCCCCGUGUGGUAGACGGGGAGCAGGGAAGGGAUUGACCUGCUGCAUCCAGAUUUUGCUUGUUUUCUUUUUUUUUUUCCCACCCCAUCUUUGAAUUAGUUUCCCUGCAAGCAAAUGCCAAUAGAGUUGUCAAUAUUCACCCCCUCAAAAAAAGCUCUGUAUAGGCAGAGCCAACAGCAAAAAACACUCAGUGUGAGUCAAAGCAGACCCUGUUCAUCUACAGCAGCAGCAUAAAAGGCAUGACCCCUGUGCUACAGCAGUUUUCAUCUUUGAUGGGAAAACACCUUGUCUGACCUCCACUCUGAAAACCACCAACGACCCUGAUCGUGUAAACAGGAUAAAAUGAAUUUAAAGUCUUAUCACAGUUCUCAUGACGAAAUUCAGAUUUGUUUGGCUUUUUUUUUUUUUUUUCCUUUUUAAUUUAUGUAUGUGUGUGGUUGUGUGGGAAAAUAUAAAGCUUUUUUGUAUCAAAUAACAUCAAUCCUUGCACACUCUAUGCAAAAUUUUGUAAGCAUUGCAAUAAUGCUAUGAAUUACACAAGGAACUAUUUUAACUUUAUUACACUUUCUGUAUAAAAAAAAGUUUGUAUUUAAAUGAUUUCAACUGCA